AUGGAGCUGCAGGCAUUACUUGUAUUCGGUGGAGUGGGGGUAGUAGUCAUAGCCAUCGUUCUCCUCAUGGGGCUCUUCUCUGCUUCUGGAACUAGCUAUGAAGAAGCAAUAGCCCAACAAAGAAAAGCUACAAGUGAAUUGUUAGCUCUGGCUGAUAAUAAGACUAAGAAUAAGAAAACGAGUAAAAAAGCUAAUAAAAAGAUAGCAAAAAAAGAAAAGAACAAGGAAUAUCCAACUGCUGUGACAGGCAGUGAUCAUGACAGUGAGGCCCCUGCUGAAAGUGGUUUAGAAGAUGAACCCACAGCAAAACCUCAUGUUGACUUUAAGCCACCAUCAGUUGUUGUUGAAUUCCCCAAAGACACCCCUCCUACUAUUAAGAUUCGUAAACGUGGCAAGGAUUCUAAAGUUAGGCCAAUACUUGUAAAUAAAGAGGAUUCAAGUUGCGUUAGCGAUCUGAGCUCAGCGGAUACUUCAGCUCCUGUCACCAACCAUUUUGAAGAAAUGCAACCUAAGGAUGAGUUCGAGUUAUUACACUCUUCACAAGUGGGGGAUAAAAUUGCCGACAUCAAACAAGAAUCUGUGGAAAAGAAGGAGAAGUCAAAACAAACAAAGAUCAUCACCAAGGCACCGAUUAAAUCUGCUGAAGUCGUGAAGGAGGCAUCUCGUGAACUCAGUACUAGCAGUGAAGUACCAAAGGAACAACGAAAAGCUAAGAAGCCAGAGAAGAAAACGGUAGAAGAAGGACCGAGUGAGGAAGAAGCUGUGCCGCCACUGAACGCCCUGCAGCCCAGCGAGCUGACUACAGACAAAUUGUUGAAGCAAGCUAUGGUCUCCGCUCCCGCGCAUUCCCCGCCAUCCACAAAGAGCAAGAAGAAGAAAGCCGAGCCUAAUGUGCUCUCACUUAUUGCGAGUGACAGCGGCGGAGUGUCGGUGAGCGAAUUGGUUCGGGUCGUGAAGGAGGCCUCUCUUUCGCGCACAGAGAUCCAGAUUCUGACGGAUGCGCUGCUCAACAAGCAACACGACCCCUUGCCCGAACACUCCGAAUGGACUGAGGGUCCCAACGAUCCCAUGCAAAAGUUGAAGAAGCAAUUGGCCGAUAAAGAGAAGGCGCUCGCCGAUGAGGUCGAAGCGUCUCAAGCGCUUCAUGCCAAGUUGAAGGAGCUCAGGGGCCUGCUGAACGCCGAGCGCGGUCGGGCGACGAGUGCCAGUCGGGCGGCGGAGCAGACGAUGGCCGCUUCUCGGGCCGAGCUGCACACGCUGCAGACCAGGAUCCAGCGGCUCUUGGACGACAACCAUGCGCUUGCGCAGGAGAAACUGGUCCUUCAAGCACAGUUGGUCGAGGGGAACGAGGCGCAGGCGCAACGCGUCCAAAUGGAGAUGCACAUUCAGAGAUUGUCUGAGUCGGAGGCGGCUCUGCUGCAGCAGCUGUCGGUGCUGCAGGCGGAAGUCAGCGGUCGCGCGGUGGAGGCGGGCCAGGCCCGCUGCGAGGUGGCCGCCGCCAGGGACUCCGUGCUCAUGGCGCAGCAGCACGCCGCCGACCUGGCGCAUCAGCUGCAGGAAGCGAACCGCCUAUACUCGGAACUGGAGAAUCAAAGGCAGUGCGCCGUCCACGCUGAGCAACUCGCCAGGGAUGAGCUGCGACAGGUUCAGCAGAGACUCACCGGUCUAACGGAACUACAGAGUGAAGUACAGAAGACGAGCGCUCGGGCGCAGACGGCCGAGAGCGCUCUGGACGAGUCGAAAGCGGCCUUCGAGAGUCAGAAGCAGCAGCUCAAUCGAGAGCUGAAUUCCCUCCGCGAGCAACUCGCUGCGCGUGAAUCGGAAUUGGCCGAGGCGAAGCUGAUGAAAGCGGCGCCCGCGCACAACGGUCUGUCUCCCGCCGAAGAUAUCGAGAAACUGAAGGCGAACGAGCUGUCCAAAGUGGAGAGCGCGGUGGAAGCUCUGAAGGCGGAGUUGUCUUCGGCGCGAGCCGACAACGAGGAGCAGCAGACGCAGCUCACCGAGCUGAGGCAGCAGCUCGAGCGGCACCGGGAGAAAAACAACGAGUUGCGAACUAAAAACUGGAAAGUUAUGGAAGCCUUACAGAAUGCGGAGAGAUCUCUUCAGGCUAAAGCGCAGGCCCGAGGGACCUCUGAAGCGUCCAAAGUGCAAGAGUACGAGGAACUGAUGGAAGUCCUGCGGUCGGCGUGUCCCAGCGCGGCACCUUCCCGAUCGACGGGCUCCGACUGGAUCAGGGUGUUCGCGGACAACAUCAAGAAGCACCUUCGCGACGUGGAGUCCAUAAAGGUUUCGGCCGAAGACUCGCUCGCCGAGAAGCUUUCCGAGAAGGAAAACGAAAAGAAGAAACUCGAGAGUGAACUCUUAAAAAAACUUCAAGAAAAGGAGAACGAAAAGAGAGAACUGGAGAGCGAACUCCGGAAGAAGCUGCUCGAUAAAGAAAACGAAAAGAAGAGACUGGAGAGCGAGUUGGAGACGAAAGCGAAUAGAUCGCCGGUCGACGAUUCCAGAGUUGCGGAUCUCGUCGAGCAGAACCGACAGUUACAAGCAUCCGUGGACAAAUACCAGAGGGUGAUCCACGUCACGGAGGGCGUCCUGAGCCAGCUGCAACGGAACGUGUCCGCGGAAGAGGCGCGAUGGGCCUCGCAGCUCGCCGAGCAGCAGAAGGAGCUGGACGAGCUCCGGCAGAGGACCGUGCUCCAGGAACCCGUGGCCUUUGCGUAUUCCUGCAUUGAGAAGUCCCUGUCCACCAUCAUCGCGGAGAUGCAGAAUAAAAUAGACGAGUUGGAGAAGGCGGUAGCUAAAAAGAACACCAGUUUUGCCGACGCCGAGAGGCUGACGGAGGAAAAAUUGUUGUCGAAUUUCUCAAUGGGUGACGUCCGCAACGGUCCUCCGCAGGUCGGUUUCCUUUUUAAAAAGUUGUAA